AUGAUUUCAUAAGUGCAAGAGGAGUUGUAGGAUUCCAUUCUCAAAGAUAAAUAGGAAGUUAUAAAUCAAAAAGCUAAAACCAUUGCACUUUAACAAUAAGCAGAUUCUAAAAAUGAGCUCAUUCUUGACCAAGAAACUAUCAUUCAAUAGUUAUUGGCCAAAUUAUAAGAACUAGAAAAACAAGAGGUACUUCAAAAACAAAACAAUGUGGAUUAAAAUUUGCUACUUGAACUUGAAUAAGAAAUUGAAUCCCUCACAACAUUAUCAAAUAGGCUUAGAUUAAAGGCUAAUCGAUUAUGCAGUUAUUUUGUUUGUCUGCGAUUGUAUAAUUCAGACUUAGGUUUAAAAAUACAAUAAGAUGAUUUUGAUUCUAAUUUACUGGUAAUGCCAAAAAUUCCAGAUCAUUCUAGUUUGAUUUCCAGUUUAUAAGAAGCUGAAAGAGCCCUAAAAUAAAAAGUAGAAUAGCAAGGAUAAUAAAAUUCUAGAAAAUGA